UCUCUCUCUCACACAGUAUGUGUGUGUCUAUGGUGAAUUGAUGCCACCAAAGCACAACACAAAGUGGUCAUCCCCACUCCCACACAACUCUUCAUUCUUCUUCUUCAACUAACACAAUAUCUCUUUCCCUUUUUUUUUUUUUCAGUUUCCCACUUUAGGGUUUUCUUUCUUUCCCUUUUUUAACAAUUCAACUGUAUUAUAUCCCACAACUAACCUAUCUGAUUCACUUGUUACAAAAAUACUCAUUUUUUCCUUUCUGGGUCUUGUUGAUUUGGUACAGAGCUACCAGAAUUUACUCAUUUUGAAGCAUUUUUGAGAGCAUUGAAUUGGCUCCUUGUGGUGCUUUGAAGCUUGGCGUAUAAUUGAUUUCUCGUAGAAGGAAGACAAAAUUGCGCUUGCAGACUUCUUUGUGAUUAUUGCUUCCUAUCUUUAGUAAGUUGAGUAAGGCGGAUGGAGACUGCGAAACGGUGGUUCAGCAAGCUUGGCAAAAAAGAUAAGCCCAAGCCUCCGAAGAAGCAGGAAACUACUACUAGUAAUGGGAAAGAAGGGUCAAAAUGGUCAUCACAUGAGGAAACACCUUCAACUGCCACUAAACAGAAAGCUGCAGCUGCCAAGCAGUACAUAGAAAAGCACUACAAAGAACAAAUGAAGAGCUUGCAGGAGCGCAGAGAGCGGCGCAAUAUGCUUGAAAAAAAAUUAGCUGAUGCUGAGGUUUCUGAGGAAGAGCAGAACAAUUUACUGAAGUACCUUGAGAAAAAGGAGACAGAAUUUAUGCGCCGUCAAAGGCAUAAAAUGGGUGCUGAUGAUUUCGAGCCUUUGACAAUGAUAGGAAAGGGUGCAUUUGGGGAGGUUAGGAUAUGUAAGGAGAAGGCAACUGGUCAUGUCUACGCCAUGAAAAAGCUUAAGAAAUCAGAAAUGCUUCGUAGAGGCCAGGUUGAACAUGUUAAAGCAGAAAGGAAUCUGCUUGCUGAAGUUGAUAGCAAUUGCAUUGUUAAGCUAUAUUGCUCUUUCCAAGAUGAGGAGUAUCUUUAUCUAAUAAUGGAAUAUCUUCCUGGUGGAGAUAUGAUGACUUUGCUGAUGCGCAAAGAUACUUUAACAGAAGAUGAGGCCAGGUUUUAUGUUGGGGAGACAGUCCUUGCUAUAGAAUCUAUCCAUAAACACAAUUAUAUUCACAGAGAUAUCAAGCCGGAUAACUUACUACUUGAUAGAAAUGGGCACAUGAAGUUAUCAGAUUUUGGAUUAUGUAAACCACUGGACUGCAGUAAUCUUCAGGAAAAGGAUUUCACAGCGGCAAGUAAGUUAAGUGGUGCUCUUCAAAGUGAUGGACGCCCAGCCCCUCCAAGACGCACUCAACAGGAGCAACUGUUGCAUUGGCAGAAGAAUAGGAGGAUGCUUGCUUAUUCCACUGUUGGAACACCUGACUACAUUGCUCCAGAGGUUUUACUGAAGAAAGGAUAUGGAUGUGAAUGUGAUUGGUGGUCACUUGGUGCUAUCAUGUAUGAAAUGCUCGUGGGAUAUCCACCAUUCUAUUCCGAUGAACCUAUGUCCACCUGUAGGAAGAUAGUAAAUUGGCGGACUCAUCUUAAAUUUCCUGAAGAAGCAAAACUAUCUCCUGAAGCAAAAGAUCUCAUAUGUAAACUCCUGUGUAAUGUAGAACAGAGACUUGGGACCAGGGGUGCUGGUGAAAUAAAGGCUCACCCAUGGUUCAAAUGUGUUGAAUGGGAUAAACUUUAUCAAAUGAAGGCUGCAUUUAUUCCAGAAGUUAAUGACGAGUUGGAUACUCAGAAUUUUGAGAAGUUUGAAGAGGGUGACAAUCAAAUUCCAACAGCGGCAAAAUCAGGUCCUUGGAGGAAGAUGCUUCCCUCAAAGGAUGUCAACUUUAUGGGCUACACUUACAAAAACUUUGAGAUUGUGAAUGAUAAUGAUGUUGCUGGAAUGGCUGAACUGAAGAAGAAGAGUAACAAAGCUAAGAGGCCAACUGUGAAGGCGCUUUUUAGUGAGGAUUCGGAUGCAUCCAACUCUCAACCUGCUCACGGGAGUUUCCUUAAAAUGUUACCUCCACACUUGGAAUCGUCAAAGCAAGCUGAACUAUAGCGUCCAAACUAAUCUGUUAAUAACUGUAUGACCAUAGUGAACAAAGCAAAACAUGCAACGUUCCCUCUGUUAAGUGAAGCUGUUGUGUUUUAACAUAGGUGUAUUUCAAGUGUAAAGUAUCCACGACGAAGGCAGUUUUGCAAAUCUGUAACUGCCUUGGUUCAUAGUUGCGCUUGUUUUGUGUAAAUUAUUUCUUGGAAGUACAUAUCAUUCUUUUUGUUGCUAGUCUGUAAUUUUCUCUCCUCAGCUGCAGAAACUUGCACCCUUGUUCUUGUAAUCUCUUCCACUAUGAGUUUAUUUAUUUCAAUAGCCUAUCUCAAAAGAUGAAAGUUUUAGUUUGAGUUCUA